AUGGCGAGCAAGCUGGGCCGUCUGUUCUCAUCCAUAUCCACUCUCUCCGCUCCCAAACUGAGCUUAUCCAACAGUAAAUCCUACCCGUUGGUGUCCGAUUCGGCGAGUCGACUCAUCUGCUCAGCUACUCAGCAGCCGCAACCACUUAACGAAAACACCAAUAAGCAACAAGCAGAUGAGACCACCAAAAAUCAUAUCCAGAAGGAAAGCGAAGACGAUCAUCAAGAAGAGGAAGAAGACGAAGAUGAUGACGAUUUUGUGAACAAAGCUACCGGUGAAGUCGGUGGGCCUCGCGGGCCCGAGCCCACCCGAUUCGGCGAUUGGGAGCGAAAUGGUCGGUGCUCUGAUUUCUAA